AACAAUAUCAAGGACAACUGCCUUAACAUUCUACGUUUGUAUAUCCUGUGCGAAUGACUGCAUAGCAAGUUUGCGACGCUAGGGCGAUGUGGGCUUCGGGGCAGUGUUUAAGGGGCUUGCAGCGACAACUCACCAGCUGUAACGCUGCUCCGAGCCGCUCAGCGACUCAGGUUGGCACUCGCGCGGCAACACGACAGCAGCCCUCGCAGGCGGAGCUCGUGAUAGAACAUCAACCUCGACGACAUGGCGCACAGCUGGCUGAUGGAGCGGGGGCAGGGACUGUCGGUCUUGAGAGUGCUGGUGUGGAUGGCGUGCACGUCUGCGGCCUGGUCCCGGUCGCCCCCAUCGCUGUGUCGGGCGCUGCGACUGUAGCAGUUAGCCACCAGCAGCCCGCACUUAUUCCGUCAGCCAUCGACGGGGUAGCGGAGCAAAGCACUGUCUGCUUCACGGCGGGGGGGCAAGUCAACGGCCACACGCAGCCACAGCUGGAGUCGGCAGCCCUGCACCACCACGCGCAACACGCGCAACAGCCCCACCACCAUCGGAGACCUAGCAACGGCGCAGACGCAGCUCACUUCCACCCGCAACUUGGCCGUGGGGCAACAGCCAACGGCAGCAGUAAAAGCUGCAACGCCAACGGCACUAUCAGCGGCGACGCGGGGCAAGGGCAUGGCACCGCCGGUGGUGUGCGGCUGCAGCUCGGCCAGCAGCAACACGCCGCGGCGCUCGCGCCUGACGACCCGUCAACGGCGGCAGCCAACGGCGCCGCGCACAGUCAUUCAACUGUUGUGCAGGGUCACGUGGCAGGAUUAGCCGGCCUGCCGAGCUGUGCCGCGUCUUCAUCCGCUGCAACAGGCAGCGUGCACCAAAGCUCGCUGCCGCACUCAGACUUCUGGGUGAACGUCCGGUCACAGUAUUCCGACUCUCAUCACUUACGUAGCAGUGGCAACAGCGGCAGCGGCUCUGACCUGAUGCCGUACCUAGACGCUGCCAGCCGCAGCUCCGGGCUCGCCAGCACAAGCAGCGCCGGCAGCAGCCGCUACAGCAGCCCGAGCACGCGCGGCUCCACGGGCGGCCGCGGCCCGGUCCCUGCAGCAGCGCACGUAAUGUCGGCUGCGGCAGCUGCGGCAGCAGCGACCGCCCUAACGACUGCAGGUGCAGGUGUGGAUGCUGGCGCGGGGCCGGCCGCUGGGGCCCGUGUGCCGCUGGAGCUUGCGGAGCGGGUGGCCGCCGCAGCGGCGGAUGCCGCGUCGCAGGAGCCGGGCUGGGUGCCGAGCGGCGCUGGCAGUGGUAGUGGCAGGAACAGCAACGGCAACAGCAAACCUGGUGUUACUGGUGGCAGCGCUGCAGCGGGGAGCAAUGGCAACGGACGCAAACCUGGCAACGCUGGCCUGUCGCCAUGGCACCCGGAUGCCGAGCUGCUCUCUCCAUCGACGUUGCAUCAGCGUCCGGAAGGUGACGAGCACUACGCUGCCUUUGAGGAUGACGCAGAAGACUUGGAAGGCGAGGAGGACGAGGACGGGGCCGACCGGCCAGGCCGGCGGCGACGCGGGCGGCGCAGCAGCACCAGCAGCAAUGGCGACGGUGAUCCGCUUGAAGUGCCGCGGCCCCGGCAGCCGCGGCACCCGUCGCGCGCGGAGCACCGCAUGUUGCGUCAGCAGGCGGUGGUGCGCCAGCUGGCGCUGCGGCCGCGUGCGCCCGCGCCUGAGGACCUGCGCCUCACGUCCCGCAUCAUGACCACCACGCACUGGUCACAGCUUCUGCCGCUGCUGGCAGACCAUGCGGAGGUGCACGAGCGGCGCCAGCGCCAGCAGCUACACAGCCAGCAAAGCAGCAAGGGCGCCGGCGGCAGCCGUGCGCUGUCGCCAGGGGCGCGAUCGGGCGCCACCAACAGUGGCAGCGACAGCGGCAGCGGGAGUGGGAAAGGCGCAGCAGGGCUCAAUGCGCUGGCGGCGGCCGCCGCCGUGGCGUCCAGCGGGCACGUGCCCAUGGGGGCGCUGCCGUACACGCCUCAGCACGUGGCGGCGGCGCUGCAGCGUACGGCGCAGCUGGUGGAGCACGGCGCGGGGCCCGGCAGUGCGUCGGAGGCGCGGCGGCUGCACGGCCUGGUGGACUGCCUUGCGCGACUGGCGGCGGCGCUGCUGCCGUCGCCCGGGAUGGGGUUGCGCGAGAUCUCCGGCGUGUUCCACUCCCUCGUGCGGCUACGGCACCCAGUCGGCAAGCCCUACUACAUCGCGCUCAUGACUGCCGCGCGCCAGCGCUUCACCACCGCAGCCACGGCAGCUGCGCCCGCAGCCGUUCUGGCCUCCCCGCCAGAGUUCCCCGACGCCGAUGCCGCAGACGGCUCCGGUUCUCCUGCGGGCUCUGCUACAGGCUCCUCUGCCGCGGCUGCGGCUGGCGCCGCGCACGACCUGUCGCAACUGGUCUGGUGUGUGGCGGCAUGCGGCAUGGCUGGGCUGAGGGCGGACUGGGCGGCGGCGUAUGCAGCUGCACUGCAGCCGGUGGUGACGUCGCUGGCGCCCAAGGGUGUGGCGAUGGUGUUGUAUGGCUUGGCGCGGCUGCGCAGCCCGCCGCCUCCGGCGCUGCUUGCGGACCUGUGUGCGCAGCUGGUGCGACACAUGGAGACCGCGGGAGCCGCGCUGGAGGGGGCCAGCGUGGACGGCAGCGAGUGGGAAGCCGUCAAGGCGUGCGCGUCGAGGUGCGCUGAGGAGGAGCGGCAGCGCGUGCGGUCGCAGCAGCAACAGCAGGCCGGGGCCGGGGCUGCCGCUUCCUCGGCGCCCUCCGGCGCCGAGGCUUCGCCGUACGGAACCAAUGGUGCUGACCACAACGACGGCGGCAGCACGGGCACCGGCACACGCACUGGCAGCAGCACGGGUGGUCACUGCAGGCCGGUGGACGUAUCGCUGUCGCUGUGGGCGCUGGCAACGCUGCGGCUACCGCCCGGCGGCUUCUGCCCGCGGCUACUGCCGGCGGCGGAGCGCUACAGCCUGGCGCACCUGCCCGACUUCCCGCAGCAGGAGCUGUCCAACCUGCUGUGGGCGCUGGCACGGCUGCAGCACCGGCCCUCGCCCGCCUUCAUGUCACGCCUGUACGACACCACGGGCGUGCUACUGCCCGAGCUACAGCCGCAGGCGCUGUCCACGCUGCUCUACAGCCUGGCGCAGAUGGGCGCGGCGCCGGAGCAGGCCUGGUUGGCGGCGGCGGCAGGCCGCGCGGCGGAGACGCUGCCGGGCUCUGGGCCGCAGUCCAUGGCGCUCACGGUGUAUGCGCUGGCGGUGCUGGGCUACAGGCCGCAGGACUCGUGGCUGCACGCCUUCCACUCACAGCUGGAGGCACAGCGCAGCGGCGUGGACACCCGCGUGCGCGACAAGGUGCGGGAGGCAUACCGCCUCAUGGCCUUCCGCCCCGCGGGAGCAGGCGCCGGUGCGGGCGCCGGUGCCGGCGCCGGCGGCGGCGCCACGGGCGCAGAGCUGCAUGGAGCCAGGGCCAGCGGCACCACGCCAGGCGCCGCAGCAAGCGCGCGCCGGAACAGCAUGGCAGCAAGUAGCAGCAGUGCCGCGGCGCCGGGGCUGCGCGCAGCGCCGUCGAGGUGGCAGGCGACGGCGGCGGCAGCUGACCGGCCGUCGCAGCCAGCGGCCCGGCGGGCGGCGCGACCAGAUGCACGACAGUCCGCACCUGCGGCCUUGACAGGCGGAGGGCAGCAGCAGGGCGCUGCGGAAGGCGCUGCCCUGGACGAUGACCCGGGCAUGCUUGUCGAGCCUGCGGCGCCGCAUGCGGAGGACGCUGCGUCCCCUGCUGUGUCCGUGCUCGCGCGCCCUUCGCGCUUUGGCUUCUAAUGGCAAUGGCGGGGCUCGCCUGCCUAGCGCAACGGCGGCAGCACCUCACCGGCCGCCACCCGGCAGCUAAGGCCUUGCAGGAUGGAGCAAGUGUCGGAGCGCCAGGCAGGGCAUGCGACGGGCCACGCACUGCACGUGCUGCCAGGAGCGACACGGGGGCUGUGGAGUCACGUGGAGGCGGCGAAGCCUGUGAGCUGGGGCGUGUGGUUGGGACGGCGAAGGGCCAAGAGCCAGUAGCUUAUUUGAGCCAACCUUGAGAAGAGGGCAAAUUGAUGUCAGGGCAAGAGGCAGAACAGAUAUUAUCGCAGCUAGGAUUUUGCCUUCGAAAGGGAUUCUGUGUGGGUUUGCCAGCUGCUGGUGAUGGGAUUGGGGCCGGGCCAAGCGCAACCUCAUUUCAGAUUGACCAGGCAGCGGGCACCCGCACAGACCCAUGUACAUCACCGAAUAACGCUCAUAUUUUGUUUGUUGUUCAACGUGUAGCCUAAGAAAGAGGGCCUCACCAAAGGUGGGGACUUGCGGUAGGACUCCAUUCGUGUGCGUUGUGUAUUUGUGUGCGUGUUCUCAUCAAUGGGCAGCUGCUUGCAUGCGUAGACAGACUGAAGGGGGCCAUGAUGCGUGUGCGCGUGCAGUGGUUCGGAGUGUCAUGUCGUUGUUGGGUCAACGGGGAGGGAGGUAGCGCAGAGACAUGGGAAAACGCAGGGCGCUCGCGGGGGCAGCAGGAUGGAGCUCCGAUACGGGGCCAUGGCCAGGGCGGCCGGGCUAAAAGGCACUUGCGUCCUCAGCUGCACGCCCGUGUAGCGCUGUGGACAAGUGAGAACGGAUGUGAUCAAAGCGCGCGGUUCCGGGUGUUUGCGUCAAGAGCGCGAGCUUGUAACCCAAGAUGACGCAGGCUGCAUGUCGGCCACGAGCCCGUGCCCGCUUUACGUGCUGCUGGGUUAGGGCGGCAUAAACAUGCCGCAAUGCGCAGACAAAUUGACAGUGACAGCGCUUAAGGUUGUGCGGGCGGAUUGUGGCGGGAAACGCCAUGCGGGCCCAGGAUGCGGGCCCAUGGCUCCGCGUCAUCUUUUGAGCAGGUAAAGGAAACCUCUGCAACACGCGUAACGAUGCGACUCGUACGCUGCAACCC